AUGACACCGUACUACUACGAGCCGCUGUGCAGCUCGUCCCAUCGAGCUACCAUGGAAGAUGCUUACAACGAGACUGUGGCUAAGUUUAUACGUGACUGGCACACAGCCACAAUGUCGCUGGUUGAUCAUCCCGUUGAGGAGAGCAGGGUGUGGCUCGAAGGGCCAAAGCAGCCUGAUGGUACGUCAUGUGGUAUGCUGUGUAUCGCUCAGGCGUACGCCAUUUUUAAGGAUAGCUCUCGUUUCGUGCGAGCUGUUAUUUCACAGGAUGAUGGUGCUGUCAUGCGUCUACGCGUCAUGUGGAUGAUUCUCAUGCAGCCUGACGAGAGUACAACGUCAAACAAGGUCGCUAAAGCUGUCCAGUCAACCGACAUCGAGCUUAUUGCAACGAUCACGACAUAA